AUGGGCUGGAGGGUGGUCAUCACAGCCUGGGCCCUGUACUCCUUGGAGCACUCCACUCCAGGAAUGGGCUCAACCAAUGUGAAUGAAGGAAAAAGCUGGUGUAUUGAGUGUGGCAUCCAGGAUCAGCUAGCACAGCACAUGGCUGAGGCAAAGGCCGAGGACAUUUUUGAGAACCGGAAAAGCUGGUUUGUUCCCUUUCCUCAUGUGAUGAGACCCCAGCUGCGCCUGGGGAGACGGGGUGUCUUCGACUUUGUGGCUGCAGCCUCAGAGCCUUCUGCAGUGGCCUGCCAGUUGGAGGCCCCUUUGGCAGUGGCCCUCUGCAGCCCCAAGAAGGAGGAUCUUUGCUGUGAAGGACUGCUGUGCUCUGUGGAAGACUUGCCCAACAUGCUGCUUCUGAGACUCCUCACAGCCUGGUACCAUCCUGAGAGUCCCUCACCUCUCACUCAGUAUCCUCCCGGGUCCAUCCCAGUGACACAGCCUGAAAAUGCUGGGCUCUUUGCCCCCUGCUGCCUCCCAGAAACAGGUGCUCAGGCACCUCCAGCUCUGGGAAUCCGUGUUCACCUGGCUUCCGGAGCUGCUCUUGGUCUGCUGGUGGACUUUGGGGACAGUUGUGGAACUGAGAUAAGACUGUGUACAAUGACAGAUGUGGCUGCAGUGACUGGCUACCACCGGUACAGGAAAGGUAUGGUGCAGUGUAUCCUUCUCUGGAAGCUUGGGGAGGAGGGGCCAUCCCAGGACACUGGCAGCAUUGAGAUGCUGGGAGGGAGGGAGCCACAUUCCACCCUCUGGAUCCUUCUGAACCAAUCUGGUGGCUUCUGUAUGGCGGAAGCUCACAUUUUAGACUACGAAGGAGUCUACAAGCUCAGGGCUGUUGUCCAUAACGUUCAUGGAGUUGAUGUGGAACUGGGACCUUAUUACGUGGACAUUGGCCGUGAGAAUGUGUCUGUGUUCAUGAAUUCCAGCUCUAUCCACCAUGGAGAAGCUCUUUCCUUUGCUGACUCCCUCCCACAGCAGAAAGGCACCAUUGUGAUGCAUGGCUAUUCGUCUGUUUCUUCAUACAAUGUGUCCUUUAUUUCUCAGGAACAAGUGGGCAGCGGCCAGGCUUGGCUUGGUGUGACUGUUGAGUAUAAGCUGCAGUCUGUGUCUAUCCAUACCAAUGGAACUGUGUUUGCUGCAGACACGAACAUCACAUUUGUGGCUGUUACCAAUGAAACUAUACCCCUGGAGUUUGCAUGGCAUUUUGGAGAUGACCCGCCAGUGAGGACAACUUCCAGAAGCAUUAGAAGAAGGCUGAGCAUCCCUCAGUGGUACCAUGUGAUGGUCAAGGCCACCAGCAGGAUUGGCAGUGUGGUCUCUGAGUCCCACCUCAUCAGGGUACAGAAGAAGAUCACGGCCAAUCGGCUCAUGUCCACUGCCUCAGCCCUGGUAAAUGCCAAUGUGUCCUUUGAGUGCAGGCUCAACUUUGGCACUGACGUGGCCUACUUGUGGAACUUUGGGGAUGGGACCACUGAGCUUGGCAGCAGCUCCUCCAGCCAUGUCUAUAGCAGGGAGGGAGAGUUUACAGUUGAAGUCCUUGCCUUCAAUAACAUCAGCUCGGCCGUCCUAAGAAAACCCCUUUUCAUUGUGCAUGAGCCUUGCCAACCACCUCCGGUGAAGAACAUGGGGCCUAAGAAGGUGCAGAUAUGGAGAUCUCAGCCCCUCAGACUGGGAGUGACAUUUGAAGCUGCAGUCCUCUGUAACAUUUCCCGAGGGCUUUCCUACACCUGGAGCAUUGUGGAUGCUGAGGCAACUGCUGUCACCCUCCCUGCUGCUGUCAACACCCACAGACAGACCGUCAUGCUCCCGAGCUACAGCCUGGAGUGUGGGAACUACACCGCUGUGGCCAAGGUUCAGAUCAAGGGAAGCAUGGUAUAUAACAACUACUGUGUUGGUGUGGAGGUUCGAGCCAGGGCUCCUGUCAGUGUCAUCUCUGAAGGCACACACAUCUUCAUCCCCAGGUCCACCACAACCUCCAUCACCCUCAGAGGGUUCCAGUCCUAUGACCCUGACAGCCCAGGGGCCGCUCUCAGGUAUCACUGGACCUGUACUGCAGCCAGCUUGCCAAGGUCCUGCUUUGAGGACUCUACUCCAUACCAAGUGGACACUCAGGCCCCUGCCAUUUCCUUCCCAGCAAAAUGGCUCAGUGAAUGCUGUGACCAGUUCCUUGUGACACUGACAGUCUCCAGCAAUGGACAGAACUCUUCUCAGGCCAUGAUAUUCCUGUCCACCCAUCCUGACCCAGACUUCAGAUUCGUCCACAUCUCAUGGGUCAAUUUUAGAGACAUCCGUGUAAACUGGAAUGAAGAACUGUCUCUCAGAGCUGUGUGUGAAGACUGUGGAGAUGUAGCUGACCUCACUUAUUCCUGGGAUCUCUUCCUAGUCAAUGCAACAGAAAAGAAUAUGGUGGAAGUUCCCUUCUGUAGCACCGUGGGGCUGCUGGGCGCUUCAGCAUUUGGGGCCAUUAUGAAGUUGUCUAAGUCAGACCUGCAGUCAAGCCCCAGAGGAUCACAGACGCUACACUCAUCAGAGCAGUCACCUAUGCCCCUGAACUGGACAGCUCUUCACAACCUGGGAAGCAUUUCCACUGAGUCCACGGCAGGUGGCCACCACAUUCCUGCUGGGGGUCCCAUGGCAGGCUCCGGGGAGCCUAUGGAGGAUUACGGCUCACUGAGUCCAGCACCAGGUUCCCUGGAGGAGGAAGCUUUUAUGAUGAGCACCCCAGAGGGAAGCUGGGCCCCUUCCAGCUCCUCCCCUGCCUUUGAUGAUUUUGAAGCCUAUUAUAGUGACAUCCAAGAAGACAUCCCAUCCCUAGGAAGACAGCCAGGCACCAGUGCCAACUUCCAGGAAUCGGGACCAAGUACCAGCACUGAGGAGAGUGCCAAGGGUGGGGACAACCUGCUGGGUCCUUUCCUUCACACAGGCAGAGCAAAGCCAGCUCUCAUGGUCGACUGGCCCAAGACCCUGGUCAGCCGAGCUGUCUUCCACAAAUACACCUCCUCAGGUAUCAUGGGACCAGCUGUGACAAUAACACCAUUCUCACUGAGCAGUGGUGAGAUGUAUGUCGUACAGGCUUCAGUAGCUUCAAAGCAUGCCUUACUAGGCAAAGCUCAGCUCUACAUAACGGUCAACCAAGUCCCACGGGACAUGUCCUGUCAGGUGCGACCCCACAGUGGUAUGGAGGCACAUACCAUCUUCAGUGUCUUCUGCAUGUCAGGGAAACCGGACUUUCAUUACGAAUUUCGUUACCGGAUAGGAAACACUUCACACACCCUGUACCGUGGACGAGAUACCCAGUACUACUUUUUAUUGCCAGCUGGUGAGGCCGCAGAUCAUUACAAAGUCAUUGUUUCUACUGAGAUCACAGAUGGCCAAGGCUCCCAGGUGCAACCAUGCACUGUGGAAGUGACUGUGCUACCCCGUUACCAUGGAAAUGACUGCCCUGACAAGGACCUAUACCACUCCACCCUGGAAAACCUGUCUUCUCUCCAGCUGCUGGGGAGUUACACAGAAGUGAGGAACUACGUCACCAUGAUCACUGCCAUCCUGAGCCGUUUGUAUGUGAAGAGCACAGACACUUCUUCGUGUGGUCUGUGGUCACAGAUACAGGAUGUAUUGAUUUCUGCUGCAUGCAAAGUACCUCUUACAGACCAGGAAGCAAUGGUGGAUUCUCUUCACAUAUUGAGAGACCUCAUACGCUUCCCUAAUAAGUUGAGCUUGAUGAGUGGCAUGCACAUCCUCAAAUAUGCCCAGAUGUCGCUUGCUCAAGGUCAGUUCUCUGAGAAGUUGCUGGUCAACAAAAAGCUGGGAGUUGAAUUUAUCCAUCUCAUCUCUGGAGUCUGGGAAGGUGCCAAAGAAGACAGGAGGAAUGAGGAGUACCUGCAAGAAGAAGGCAUGAAGAUCAUCUCUGACAUGUUACUAGCCUGUCUCUCCCUGAGCCACCAGCAUCAGCUUCACAUAAGCACUGGGCAGAUGGAGUUCUGGACUCUUCUCCAUCACAGCUUUCAGAGUUCUAUCCAGAACCUGGGCUUCAUCUCGGUCCAUUUCCCUGGUGGCCUGGCCUUGCACAGUCCUGCUCAAGAGGAAUCACAAAGCCCAUGCUACAUCAGCCAGCUCAUGUUCUUCAAAAGCAGCCCUUAUCCAGGAGGACGAGCUCCUGGACAGGUGGGUGGUGUGGUGAGCCCUAGGCUCUACAGCUGCCAGAGCAGAAGACCUAUUCUCAGAGGACGACUCACGAUGCCCAUGACGGUGGAGUUUGGGGAGGAAGAUCACCUGCACAAGAGAAAUCCAACCACGUUUGCAUUGCUUCGGGAUGAGGUGAAUCUCCACCGGUUCACUGGGCUCUCUGAAAACCCCCAGGAAACCUUACAGAUACGCAUAGAAUUCUCCAAGCCCGUUACAAGAGCCUUCCCCGUCAUGCUGUUAGUGAGGUUCUCCAAGAAAGCCACGCCUUCUGAUUUUCUUGUGAAGCGGGUCUACUCCUGGGAUGAGCAGACUGUACAAAUUUAUGUACCUGCUGUUCCAUGGAAAGGAGCCCAUGUGGGGUAUUUAUCCCUAUUAGAUGCUGAGUAUGACAGGAGACCUCCAAACAAAUACCUUGCCAGGAUAGUAAACUAUACAGUGCAUUUCCAGUGGACCCAGUGUGUGUUUUGGGACAAGACAGGGUGGAGAUCUGAAGGUUCCUGUCCACAGCCAGGAACGUCUCCUGAAAAAGUCAGCUGCAGCUACCAUCGCCUUGUGCCAUUCUCUGUCUUGAGAAGAAAGCUGAAUGCCACUUUCGAAGUGAGCCCCAUUUCUGAGUUUCGAAGUCGCCCACACAACCUGCUUCCCACUAUUUUCAGUGCGUUUUUCUUGGUUCUUUAUGGAUUGUUGGUGGCUAAAAGCAGAUGUGUAGAUUGUCACAAGAAAAAGAAACCUGGUUGUAUUUUUCUGGAAGAAGAUACCCCACCUGGCCACCAGCUGUAUGCAGUCAUCAUUGACACUGGCUUCCGGUCACCAGCCCAAUUUACGUCAAAGGUUUUCAUUGUUUUAUGUGGUGAAAAUGGACUCUCAGAAACCAAAGAACUCUGCUGUCCAGAGAUGUCCUUGUUUGGAAGGAAUUCCAGGCACACCUUUAUACUGAGCACUCCUAACCAACUGGGGCCACUCCAGAAGAUCCGACUCUGGCAUGACAGCAGUGGACCUUCCCCAAACUGGUUCCUCAGCCACGUGAUGGUGAAGGAGCUAUGUUCAGGCCAAGGCUGGUUCUUCUCUGCCCAGUGCUGGCUGGCUGUGAGCUUAUGUGAUGGCCGUGUACAGCGAGAGCUCUUCUGUCUGCGCCACGGUCUUGGCUUCCGGAAGCUUUUCUACUCAAAGUUCACGGAGUACCUGGAAGAUUUCCACAUCUGGCUCUGCCUGUACAGCCAGCCCCCCUCCAGCAGCUAUCUACACACACAGCGACUGGCAGUGUCCUCCUGCCUCCUGUGUGUCUACUCCUGCCUCGCUGCCCUGGUCACUGUGGGAGGCCAUGAACAGCGCCCCCUGGAUGUGGGUCCUACUCUUAUCACUCUGGAAUCCUUCCGUCUGAGUCUCCUGUGCACCUUCCUGGCCUGCCCAGCUGCACAGCUCUUAUCACUGCUCUUCAGGGUCAGCCAGGAAGCCACAGGGCGUCUACAGGCUGCGCCACAGUGGCCUCUAAGAGGAGUGAAGACAGAGGGACCUCAGGGUAUGUCUAUCAACCUGACUGUCUGGAGCUGCCUGGAGGCCACCAGCAUUGGCCCCACGCAUCCUGCAUCAGGCGUUCUCCCGAGGCCGGACCGAGCUUGGAGGAUGGCGGCCAGUAGCAGUGGUGUAUGUGCAUCCUUUCCUGCUCUGAGAGAGAAGAGCCACCACCCUCCUCCCAGGUCACAAGCUCCCAGUGGUGGUUUUGAAGGACUUGUGCCCCAGGGGUCCAGGGUCUGUCUGCUCUGGUCAAGCUCUGUGGCCUGGGCCAUUUGUGGAUCAGCUUCCCUUGCCUGUGGUUUGGGGACAGGAUUCCUAGGCUACAGGUUUGUGUCAGAGCAGUUUCUGUGGUGGCUGCAGCUGCUGUUGCUCUCUGUGAUCUGCUGCGCUUCUGUCACCCAGCCACUCAUGAUCUGUUUGGCAGCGCUGGCCUUUGCCUGGAAAAGGAAACAUGACAGCCAGUUUUUUACUGAAUCUUUACAUGAUGCAACCAGGAAUCUUGAUUUGGAGUUGGAAGAAUACUCCAGAACCCACAUUCCUCAUUCUCCCAGCUCCUGUUGUCCUGACAGUGCUGAGGAGGCUGAAAGGGUCUUGGCUGCCCGACAACGAGAACGUCAACUGCGCUGGGCUCAGCCACCAUCCAGGGCCAAGUUCAGAGUGACCAGGGAGAGACUGAGGAAAGAGAGCCGAAUGCAGGCAGCUCUGAGAGACAUCUCUGUGCACAGCCUCAUGCUGCUGCUGCUUUUGUUUAUAACAUAUGGGAGAGUCUCUCCAGGUGAAUAUUCUCUCAAUCAAGCCAUCAGGAAGGAAUUUACAAGAAAUGCCAGACACUCCUUUGGGGACCUGAGGAGCACAGAUGACUGGUGGGACUGGACUCUGAGCACGUUGCUGGAUGGGCUGCACCCAGAAGGACCUUCUGUUGGAGCCCGGGGAGCUCAGCCUGGAGCUCUUGGAGGGCAGUGCCAUCUCAUAGGCCCUUCUGUGAUCAAGCAGCUGAAGGUUUCUUCUGGUACUGCAUGCACACCUCCCAGGCCAUUCUCAGAGCUCAUGGAAGAUGCACUACCCACACAGAGUCAUGACCUUGAGGACCAAAAUAUGGCUCCUGGUGGUCCUGAGGCCUGUGGGGUGGAGAAGAAAGGCUCCAUGCACAGCCUAGGAAGAACAAGGCAUGAAGCCCACUCAGCCCUGACCGCCCUCAGGGCCAACAGGUGGAUUGAUCAUGGCACCAGCGCCGUGUCUGUACACUUCACUCUCUACAACCCUCCAACACGACUCUUCACAAGUGUGACCCUAGGCGCAGAGCUGCUUCCCACGGGAGGUCUUGUCCCCUCAUCCUUGGUAGAGUCAUUCAGCAUCUUCUAUAAUGCCUCAGUCCCACAGUACCUUCUUAAGCUUUCUGAGCUGGUGUUCCUGGUACUCAACGUGACCCACCUCUGUUUCCAGCUCUUGGAAAUGGCCACCAAGGGGGUCCUCAGCUACUGGAGAAAACCAAGACACUGGCUGGAGCUCUCUAUGGUUGGGGUAGCCCUGGCCUACUAUGCAGCCUCUGGUCACCUCACUACCCUUGCUGAGAAUAUCACUGAUCAGUUCCACAAAGGAUUUCAUCAGAUGUAUGUGGACCUAAGUCUGAUGGUGUCAUGGAACCAGAGGGCAAGAUGGCUCCAGGGGAUCCUCCUGUUCCUCUGGAUGUUGAAAUGUGUUCACCUCCUCGGCUUCCUGAGCACCAUGACAUCCUUUUCAACAGUGACGCAUCCUCAGCGUCCUGGCAUUUUCUCCCUGCAGCUGUUGGGGGUUCUGUUGCUGGCGGCCCAUUCCCACUUGCACCAGUUUCUGCUCUUCACCUGGACGCCAUCACCUGGCACCUCUACAGAUGCACUUCCUGGGCUGCAGCUUCCGUUUCUGGGAAGAAGCCCAAAGGACGCACCGCACAAUCGUUUGGAGUCUGACCAUCAAGCCGUGACUUGUUGUUACUCUGGGGCCCUCUUUCUGCUGGCGGCAACGCUGUGUUUCAGAAUGCUGAGGGCUUCCCUCCUGACUUUUUUCCGAAAAAGAAAGUCUUUUCACAGAAAAUCUCUCGUGACACUUAACAAUGUUGCUGUUUAUGCCUGGCAUAAAGUCCUCACCCUUCUGGGGCUGGAAACAACAAGCCCGGAAGAGACUGAGGUUGCUGCAGACCAUAAUUAUUACCUGGAUGAAUUUUCAAGCCUAUUGGAUGAACUUCUGGUGAAGAUCGAUGGUUUGUCUGACAGCCUAGAACUUUCUUUGCUAGAAAAACAAUGGGAGAGGACAGUGGAGUCAAGGGUAGUGGAUACUCCUUCAGUUGGCAUUUGA